AUGAUCUUUAUCUUCCUAUCACAUAUCAUCUUUCUGGCUAUGCUGCAACCUGAUUUUCAUACAGUUGCAGCAGGCAUUUCUCAUUUAAAUGCAGAAGCCAAUCCAAUGACAUCAACAAUACAGAGCCUAGAUGUGAGAAAUUCACAGAAUAAAGCAUCUUUAAUGGGUGUCCAUCAGAUUCAAUCUUUAUUGGGAAGACAAACAAAGAAAUCUGUAUUUUCUGAUAAAACCCAGUCUAACAGUCCACAAAUACUUCCAUUGCUGAAGAACAGGCAAUCAUUGACAAAUUUGGGUGGGAAGAGAAAUCCCCCAACCAAUGCAGCUGCCCAGAGUUGGGGAAAGAACCAUUCUUACUUGAAUAGAAAACCAGCAGGACCUGUAGGAGCAGAGACAUCACCGACUGCCAAAACAGCAUUAAGAUUUCAAAGAACCCUACCAUUUGUAAAUUCCAAUAAUGUUAUCAAUAGAGGUUUCAAUUUUUAUCCCGCUCUAAUGGAUAUGGACUGUAAUACAUUUGAUAUUCCCCAGAUGUGUAGUUCAUCACAAGAUUGUAUGAGUCCUGGCUACUGUUUUCAAGGGCUUCAGGGAACUUCUGGUAUCUGCUGCUUUCCAGGUUACAUGGAUUAA